UUUUUCCUUAGAUCUAUGAAACUAUGUCGUUUCACAGUCUUCUUCCCCCUCGACAUUACUGUCACUGCAGCUCUCUCAUCUUUCACUCUGCCUCUCUGCCUCAUUGACGCGAACUCAAGUCCUCUCCCUCUAUCGGCAUCGGUCUCUCUCACUGUCUCUGACAAGCUCGUCGUCGCUUUCCUGCUUUCCUCGGUCUUGCGCGCCUUCCCUACCCUCAUCGUCGCUGGUGGCAGUAGCAGCAGCUCCCGGGACUGGACGUCGUCGUCGCUCCCUGUCUUGUCACCGCCUCGCAGUCAGUCUCGCGCCGUCGUUGCGCCCUUCGUCGCCGGAGACAGAAGCAGCAGGUCCCCGAACUUCCUCCUCGCCUUCAGCAACUCCUCGGCUUCCUUCGCACAACCUAGUCCUAAUUUGUUUCGUAUUUGAGUACUGGUGUUCUUCUAUUUAUAUGAAUCUAUAUGUGGCACCGGCUUGAUGACCUUCAACCAGCAAGUGAUGAAGUGAUAUGUCGUGGAAUCACUGCCCCAAGCUUUAUAUGGUGUCCCCUUUUUUGGC